AUGUUAGGGGGAUUAACAUUGGUUCUGUUGUUCAACAUUGGAUGCACCAAGUCCGGCGCAUCUUUUCUGUACGAUCAUGGUUCAGAAGUGCUGGAGAUCACUAAUAAUGUUUACGACCGGUUUAGUGAUGCUGAAGUGCUCCAUUGCUUAAUAGCAGGACUAGUAGAAUGUAUCAUUGCUGGUACCCCGACGGACGUCCAGGUUUUGUCGCAGGUUAACCCCAAGCGGGUUAAGCACUACAACCAAAUCCUUAGGUGCGGCUGCUGCGGCAGGAUUGCUGAAGGAAGCCGGAAGCUGAAGAUCUGUGGGGAGUGCCAUUUGACCCGAUACUGCGGACGCGCGUGCCAACAGGAGGACUGGAAAGAAUACCACUCCAAGGCCUGCAAAGCGGCUCCCAAUGUUUAG